GAACACCACAAACACCAAUAGAAAAACCAAGUCUAACAAUCGCAAACCUUGUGCAUUAUGGCAUUAAAUCCUACCAUCUCACUAGCUUUCCUCUCAUUGGUAAUUCUAAUGCUGGCGGUUAGUACUGAUGCUGGUGGAAUCGCAAUCUAUUGGGGUCAGAAUGGAAAUGAGGGUACCUUGGCUCAAACUUGUGCCACGGGAAACUAUGCCUACGUAAAUAUUGCUUUCCUUCCGACCUUUGGCAAAGGUCAAAACCCAGUCAUCAACCUUGCUGGACAUUGCGAUCCAAACAGUAAUGGCUGCACCAAAUUAAGCUCUGACAUUAAAUCGUGUCAGGCAAAAGGAAUUAAGGUGAUGCUCUCUAUCGGAGGAGGGGCAGGGAGCUACUCCCUUACUUCGGCUAAAGAUGCUCGACAAGUUGCAACCUACCUUUGGAAUAACUUCUUGGGGGGAGGAUCCUCAAAUCGCCCUCUUGGAGAUGCUGUUUUGGAUGGGAUUGACUUCGACAUUGAAGGAGGAUCAACCCAACACUGGGAUAAACUUGCGAAGUAUCUCUCCAAAUACGGCAAACAAGGAAAGAAGGUAUACUUAACGGCAGCUCCUCAAUGUCCUUUCCCUGAUGCUUGGAUGGGUGGUGCUCUUAAGACCGGCCUAUUUGAUUAUGUGUGGGUACAGUUCUAUAACAAUCCUCCGUGCCAGUAUUCCUCAGGUAGUAUUACCAAUCUAAUAAAUGCAUGGAACCAAUGGACCUCUAUUCCUGCAACCAAAAUAUUUUUAGGACUUCCUGCAGCACCUAAUGCAGCUGGAAGUGGGUUCAUUCCUGUUGCUGAUUUAAUUUCUAAGGUACUUCCGGCCAUUAAAAGUUCUGCCAAGUAUGGAGGUGUGAUGCUGUGGUCAAAAUACUAUGAUGAUCGAACUAGAUACAGUUCUUCCAUCAAAAGCAGUGUCUAGAACUCCAAAUCAAAAUAGGGUCUCUUAAUCACCCUAUAAUAAAUGCAUUAAGAAUGAUCUCUUAGUAGGAUUCCCCACAUCUUCCAAGCAUAUCUAUGCUCUAUAUUGGUCUAUAAGAUGGCCUGCAUAAAAAUAUCUAUCUAUCCAUCUAUAUGAUCCAUGUUUGCCUCC